UUUAAAAUGUCAGACGAUGAAUUUGAGGGAGAAGGUGUUGAAGGUGAAGAAGAUGAAGAAGGUGGUGAAUCUGAAAAAGAAGUUGAAGAAGUUAAAGAGCCUCCAAAAAUUCCUAUUUAUGUCCCAAAAAUAGACCCAUUAACACAAGUCUUAAAUAUAAAUCGAAACUUAGACAUGCUAAACUCAGAAGUCAAUGUUAUUUCAUCUGAAUUUAUGGUAAUGACUUCAGCAAUGGGAAAUAAACCAAAGUUUUACAAUGUGAGUCCUACUCGAAAUUUUAGUUCUCCUAAUUAUAACACUGUUGGAGGAGCUUACAGUAGUCCUAUUCGACAUAAUGCUGGCUCUGCUACAUAUUGGAAUAACCCAAAUCACAUUACUCUAUCUCCUCCAAAAUAUAAUCCUCCUGUUUAUUCAAACACAAUGAGUAGUUAUCAAGCUCCUAGCAUAUAUAAACCAUCAAAUUAUGCUUAUUCUCCGAUAAGAAAGGCUUAUAGCCCGUCCAGAUAUAAUGCACCAAACUAUUCUGGAGUUCCAUGAAUUGCUUCAAAAACUCUUCAAAGUCCUCCUAAUGAUUACAAUAUGAGGAAGCUAUUUAAUGACAUUGAUAAUGUGCUAAAUAAUCAAAUUCCAUCUGCUCCACCUCCUCCUCCUUUAAUAAUGAAAGAGGAAGUGUAUAACACAUUUGAUAGAGCUCAUCAGCCUGAAAUGCUACCUAAUCAUGAAAUAAUAACGUAUCAAGAGCCUCAAAGGGUAAUUGUAGAUGAACCCAGACCUCCUUUAUACGAUAGAAGAGAAAUUUACUCAAAAUAUAAUCAAGUUACAAAAGCUGAUGAUUUGUAUAAUAGAAAACCUGAGCCUGAAAGGUAUAAUCUAGUUCAAUCUGUUCAUUCGAAUCCAAGAUCUAGAAGUCCUCUUAGAAAUGUUCAGAGAACUCAGAGUCCUCAUUUCCAAAGGCCAAGGUCAGAAACAAGACGAGUUCCUGCUCCUGCUUCUGAUUUUCAAAUUCACGAUGCUGUGAAGACUCUUUUCAGAUAAUUUGGCUCAAUCUCUGCCUGGGAAAAU